CUGAAACUAUGUAACCAACAGUGACGAACAACGCGUUUCUUUUACAGUUAAUUUAUAUUACUAAUGAUCUGUUGGAAUUUGUGAAACGAUGAGACGACUUUCAGUUAUUUAAAAUUUUCAACAUUUUUUCGUAGCUGAGAAAACUGUCUUCUUUCUACUUAAUAAUACCAUUAUGUCGGGAACAAAGGGUGAUAUUAAUAAAGAUGAUAAUCUAAGGAGGCAAGGUUCAUUUAGGAAAUUAUUGCCUUUGAAUGCAAACGGAGAUUCUCAGCUGAGUAUGUCCGUGAAAAUGAUCGAUAGGCCAACUGUACCGCAAACUAAUAAGGAACAUGCGAUUUAUUUGCAAGAGUAUCAUAUUUUAUCAGAAUAUAACAUGUUAUGUUCACAAGAUCUGAAAGGCAUUUAUGUGAUACCAUCUGCUCAAAAUUCCUUGUUAUGGCUUGGAGUACAAUUUGUGCGGCAAGGAAUGUAUCAAGGAGGAAUCUUUAGAUUCACCAUUACACUGCCACAAACUUUCCCAGAUGGAGGAUGUCCUAAAGUUAUGUUUCAAACUCCAGUUUUUCAUCCUUUGAUUGACCCCGAAUCUGGAGAGCUAUGCACUUCAUGGGGAUUUCCUGAAUGGAGAAAAAGCAAUAGAAUUUGGCAACUGAUACAAUUUAUAACGAAAAUACUGGCAAAAGUAGAUAUUAAAAUGAAUCCUGUAAAUCAUGAAGCAACUAAUUUGUUGGAGAAUAACUUUGAAGCGUUCCGAGAUCGUGUAAAAAGAUGCGUGAGGGACAGUUUAAACAAAGUUUACAAUCCGCCGAUAUUGGACGAUCCUCACUACAUUACCUUUAGUCCGUAUGUCGAUGAACUUCACGACUCCGUCAAGCGAGAAAUUUACGAGCGCAAGGAAGAAGAAGAAAAUAAAGUGCUUGGUUUAUCCUGGGUACAAUCGGGAUCGUUACAGCCGUUCUCGAAACCUGAAGCAAGAUAAUAGGUAAACUUCAGUACAUACAUAGAAAAUGUAAUAACGAAACUACACACGUCCUUAGAAAAUAAGAGAGUUGUACAUUUUACUAAUGCAGGGGAUAAAUUAUAAUGUAUUUUUGUAUUAGUCCAAUAUGACAAAUUAUUUUGCGAUUAUUAUGGUUUUCAACACA